CGGGCAGGAGACGGCCGCCCCCUCGCAGUGCGACCGCGGCGGGCUGCGUCCGGGUCCCCAGGAGGCGGCCCGGGCGUGAAUGCUCUGGGGGCACAGCCAGGCCUGCGUGGGCCCAAGGCCGGAGGAACCGGGCCCCCGGGGCCCCGGCGUCCCGGCGUCGCGGUAUUGAAACAAAGGCACAUACCUUGAAGGCACUAGCACCUCCUACCAUUGUCAACUGAUUCUUACGGAAAUCUGUUAAUUCUACUUUUUGAGCACUAUGAAUAACCACGUAUCUUCAAAACCAUCUACCAUGAAGCUAAAGCACACCAUCAACCCCAUUCUUUUAUAUUUCAUACAUUUUAUAAUAUCACUUUAUACUAUUUUAACAUACAUUCCAUAUUAUUUUUUGUAUGAGUUAAGACGAGAAAAAUCAAACCAAAUUAAAGCGAAGCCCAUAAAUUCAAAACCUGGGUCUGCAUACAGAUCUGUUAAGAGCUUGGAUGGUUUGGCUUCAGUAUUAUACCCUGGAUGCGAUACACUAGAUAAAGUUUUUAUGCAUGCAAAAAACAAAUUUAAGGACAAAAGACUCUUGGGAACACGUGAAAUUUUAAAUGAGGAAGAUGAAGUGCAACCAAAUGGAAAAGUUUUUAAAAAGGUUAUUCUUGGAAACUAUAAUUGGCUGUCCUAUGAAGAUGUCUUCAUUAGAGCCUUUAAUUUUGGAAAUGGCUUACAAAUGUUGGGUCAGAAACCAAAGACCACCAUUGCCAUCUUUUGUGAAACCAGGGCCGAAUGGAUGAUCGUGGCACAGGCCUGCUUCAUGUAUAAUUUCCAGCUUGUUACGCUGUAUGCUACUCUGGGAGGUCCAGCGAUUGUUCAUGGAUUAAAUGAAACAGAAGUGACCAACAUCAUUACUAGUAAGGAACUCUUGCAAACAAAGUUGAAGGACAUAGUUUCUUUGGUCCCGCGCCUGCGGCACAUUAUCACCGUGGACGGCAAGCCACCCACCUGGUCUGAGUUCCCCAAGGGUGUCAUCGUGCACACCAUGGCUGCAGUGCAGGCUCUGGGAGCCAAGGCCGGCGUGGAAGACAAACCUCAUAGCAAACCAAUGCCCUUAGAUAUUGCAGUAAUCAUGUAUACAAGUGGAUCCACGGGACUUCCAAAGGGGGUCAUGAUCUCCCACAGUAACAUUAUUGCUGGUAUAAUUGGGAUGGCGGAAAGGAUUCCAGAACUGGGGGAGAAAGAUAUCUACAUCGGAUAUUUGCCUCUGGCCCAUGUUUUAGAAUUAAGUGCUGAGCUUAUCUGUCUUUCUCAUGGAUGCUGCAUUGGCUACUCUUCACCACAGACUUUAGCAGAUCAGUCUUCAAAAAUAAAAAAAGGAAGCAAAGGGGAUACAUCCAUGUUGAAACCAACACUGAUGGCAGCUGUCCCGGAAAUCAUGGAUCGGAUCUACAAAAAUAUCAUGAAUAAAGUGAACGAAAUGAGUAGUUUUCAACGCAAUCUGUUUAUUCUGGCCUAUAAUUACAAAAUGGAACAGAUUUCAAAGGGGUAUAGUACUCCGCUGUGUGACAGUUUUGUUUUCCGGAAAGUUCGAAGCUUACUAGGUGGAAAUAUUCGGCUUCUGCUGUGUGGAGGUGCUCCACUUUCUGCAACCACACAGCGAUUCAUGAACAUCUGUUUCUGCUGUCCUGUUGGUCAGGGAUAUGGGCUCACUGAAUCUGCUGGGGCUGGAACAAUCACAGAAGUGUGGGACUACAACACUGGCAGAGUGGGAGCACCAAUAGUUUGCUGUGAAAUCAAAUUAAAGAACUGGGAGGAAGGUGGAUACUUUAAUACCGAUAAACCACAUCCAAGGGGUGAAGUUCUUAUUGGUGGUCAAAAUGUGACUAUGGGAUACUACAAAAAUGAAGCAAAAACAAAAGCUGAUUUUUUUGAAGAUGAAAAUGGACAGAGGUGGCUCUGUACUGGAGACAUUGGAGAGUUUGACCCUGAUGGUUGUUUAAAGAUUAUUGAUCGUAAAAAGGACCUUGUAAAACUACAGGCAGGAGAGUAUGUUGCUCUUGGGAAAGUAGAGGCAGCUUUGAAAAACCUCUCACUAAUAGAUAACAUUUGUGCAUAUGCAAACAGUUACCAUUCUUACGUCAUUGGAUUUGUUGUGCCAAAUCAAAAGGAACUAACAGAACUAGCACAAAAGAAAGGACUUAAAGGGACUUGGGAGGAGCUGUGUAACAGUCGUGAAAUGGAAAAUGAGGUACUUAAAGUGCUUUCUGAAGCUGCUACUUCAGCAAGUCUGGAAAAGUUUGAAAUUCCAGUAAAAAUUCGUUUGAGCCCUGAGCCAUGGACCCCUGAAACUGGUCUGGUGACAGAUGCCUUCAAGCUGAAGCGCAAAGAGCUUAAAACACAUUACCAGGCGGACAUUGAGCGAAUGUAUGGAAGAAAAUAGUCAUUCUCUUUCAGCAUCGGGUUGCUGCAGGGAGCUCAGAUCAAAUAGGAAAAUACUUGAAAUGCAUGUCUCAGACUGUGAGGCGGACUUCAUUCCUCAUAUUAAACCUAAACUGUUAACUUCUCAUGACAUUGCCAUUUUUAACUGACAGGAUUAGUAAAAUUUUAAGACAGCAAA